CAUGAAAAUAGUUUGCAGGUUACUUCAAUUCUCGCAUCUUUCUUUCAGAUUUAAAACGUACAAUACUUUGAAUUUACAUGCAAGAGAUAGAUUGAGAUAUGGGUUACAAUGCUAUAAUCGCGUCCCAAUAAUCUGUUACUCCAAUCUAAGUGAUCAUGAUGUGAAAAAGCGCACAGAAGAGCUGACUGAUUGUUUCAUGGAGGCCAGAGAACUCAUGCAGGAUGCACAGGAAAGCAUGAACACUGUGUACUUCUCAGAAGACAUGCAAGAGGCGUCAAAGGCCGUCGCUGAAACGAUUAAACUGUAUGAAAAAUUUCUGAAAGAAUUAAACGAAAAUCAGAAAAAGGAAGUAACAAGAACAAUUGGACUAAAGAUGGCAGAACUCAGGGCCCAGUACUCUGCAAUGGAAGAAGAAUUAAAGGCAGACUAAUAGGAUUAAAUUUAAAUAUUGUGAUAUAUAUAUUUAUGUUUCAGGAUCACCUUGAAUUUGAGCAUCAUAGAGUUUGCCCUUGUUGGUUUCUAAAAGUUUCAAAUUUCAUUUUAUCAAAGUGAAAAUAAUGAUUUGAUGUCAAAUUUGUCCAUUGUGUCACAAUUUUGUCACAUUUAAUAGAUAAUGUGUCUGUUAAAUGACUUAAGUAUUAAGUAGACACCCCCCCCCCCCCAAAAAAAAAUGUGUCAGUUAAAUUACUUAAGUAUUAAGUAGACCCCCCAAAAAUGUGUCAGUUAAAUGACUUAAGUAUUAAGAAGACCAACCAUGUAUAGAUAUACCUCAAUUAUUUCUUGAUAUUAAUGUUUGUAAACUUUGUGUAUUUUUUAAAAUUUGAUAUUGGUCUGUAUUUUCUAGUUAGUAGAUUACUGUAUGUAUAUUUUGAGCCAAAGUGAUUAAAAAAUUAUU